GUGUGUGUGUGUGUGUGUGUGUGUGUGUGUGUUGGGGUUUUUUCUAUGGUUACCUGUCCUAUAUUUCACAGAGGGGGCGGAGGGUUGAUGUGUAUAAAAAGAGAGGCCACAGAGACGUCUUCACAACAGCAUCUCCUGACAGGUGAACACACUCUCUUCUGACUCUGUAAGGAUUAAGAUAACUCAGUCAUCCACCAACGAUGCAGCCCGCCACCAUCGCCUCCUUCCUCCGUCUGGCCGCAGUCGUGCUGCUGCCGCUGCUCCUGAUUGGCUGGGCUGAAGAGGCGGUGGCGCUGCCCGUCGACCGGCCGCUCAGCCAGCCGCUACGAAACCCGGAGACAUACCAGGCCGUCCGAGAGGUGUCGCAACACGCUCAGAAUCUGCAGCUGCACAACGAGUCCAGCACCAGACUGAUGCCCAAAGUCGACACUUUGGACACCCAGGACCACAUGAAGAUCUGCUGCCUCCACGCCAACAUCCUCGACUUCUACCUGAACAACAUCCUCCGUCACCGCGACCACACGCAUCCUCGCAUGCCGAGGCUGAAGAUCGACCUGAGCCGGGUCAGCGAGGACCUGCAGACCCACGGCUGCAAUGUGACUCACUACCACGACCAUCAGCACGCUGUGGAGUUUCGCAGGAAGCUCACCAAAAUGGGCGGCAGUGACGGGAUGAACAAGGCGGUGGGAGAGAUCGACAUCCUGUUCACGUACCUGCAGGACUUCUGCGUCCAGCCGAGAAACUCCACCGACGCCGACGCCGCCAAACAGUGACGCCUCGACUGUUUCUACUGACGCUGUUUCUAUUUAUGAUAUUUAUCGACUUUUAUACCGACAACUUUUAUACUCUUAUUUAUUCAUGUAUUUAAUUUGAGAAGAUAUUUAACAUUUUUUAUGCAAAAUAUUUAUAUUGACUCCAGUAUGGCUGAUUAGUUAUUGAUCUAUUUAUUGAUCAGAAUGUUCCUGAUACCAGAGGACUCUGGUAUCGAUCCUGUUGCCAUGUUAUGGCUGAUUAUUAUGAAGAAGUUGUGACAGUAUUUAAAUGUUGAAUGUUACAGACUGAAACAAAUUUGACUUCAAAUAAAUAAA